AUGUAUAGAAUGGCUAUCUAUCUAUCUAUCUAUCUAUCUAUCUAUCUAUCUAUCUAUCUAUCUCAGUCUGUUCAUUAUCUAUUUCGGUUUGUUUAUUAUCUAUCUAUCUAUCUAUCUAUCUAUCUAUCUAUCUAUUGUGGGGACCUACCCACAAAUAGACUCUUCCACAUCUAUAUAAUAUGGCUACCAAUUCUUAGUAAAUACCGUUACCAAAUAUCUCGUUGGUCAAUUCAAGAUCAAAGUAGCUCCCCUCUCAAAAUAUACCAUCAUCCACUCAUCGGUUCUCUCUCUCUCUCUCAUUCACUCUUCAUUUUUCUCACUUCAUCUUCUUCUUCUUCUUCUUCUUCUUCUUCUCUCUCUCCCUCUCUCUCUCUCUCCCUCCCUCCCUCUCUCUCUCUCUCUCUCUCUCUCUCAGGCUCGGCUCUGCCAUCUAUUUGCACAAGCUCAUUAGAUAGGUUUUUUUUUUUUUCCCUCCGCCCCUAUCACUCUCUCUGUCUAUCUCUCUCUUCCUCAUUCUUGGCUCUCUUUCUUCCUCUGUGCCCCCUCUCUCUGUCUCUCUCUGUCUCUCUCUGUCUCUCUCUCUCUCUCACACACACACAAUCUCACUCUCUCUCUCAUUCUCUCUCUCUCUAUCUCUUUCUCUCUCUUUCUCUCUCUUUCUGGCGCAUUGUCUUUCUUUUUUUUCACUCUUUUUUUCUCACACACUCUCUUUUUCAUACUCUCUUUCUCACUCUCACUUCCUCUCUGCCUUCCACCCUCUCUCUCUUCUUCCCCCUCUCCCUCUCUUCCACACUCUCUCUUUACCUUUCUACUUCAUCAGUCCCUCACUCUCACUUUCUCUCUCUUCUUCUUCCUCUAUUUCUCUCUUCCUCACUCUCUCCCUCUCUCUCUCUCUCCCUCUCUCUCUCACACACACACACACGUAUACACCCUCUCUCUCUCUCUCUCUCUCUCUCUCUCUCUCUAUCUCUCUCUCACUCUCUCUCUAUCUCUCUCUCACUCUCUUUCUGGCGCAUUUUCUUUCUUUUUUCUCACUCUUUCUUUCUGUCGCACUCUAAUUAUCCAUUCUGUCACUUUUCCCUAACUUAUUCUCAUUUCUCUUCCUCGAUUUCACUUCCUAUAUCUUUCUUCCCCCCUCUCUCUCUUUCUCUUUCUAUCUAUUUCUUCCUAACUUCCGUUGUCUCUUUUCAUCCUCCUCUCUCUUUUCCUUCCCCUCUCUCCCUUAUUGUCUCUCUCUCUUCAUCCCCCUCUCUCUCUCUUCAUCCCUCUUCCUCCUCCUCCCUCUCUUUUCCUCUCUCUCUCUCUCGCUUCAUCACUCUCCCAUUUCCUCCCUCUCACCAAAUUUCGUUUGUCUAA